GCCUUUUUUUUUUUUUUUUUUGUCCUUUUCUGUGUGUGUGUUCGUGUGUUGCAAACGGAAACUGUAACGUUAAUUUCCUGAAACACAACGAGUUACAUUUCGUCCAAACCAUGAAUGUCUUCAGGUGCUCAUUGGAAAUGUAUUAAAGUCGAACGCUUGCUUUAUUCUCUGGAAAUAUAAACUAACGCUGAAAGUUGACCAGAAAUGCUGAUAUUUGUCCUCCUGCUGUGUCACUUCACUUUAUGUGGACACUGUGUGUGUGUUAGAAAAACCCUACAAACACCAGAUCAAGACAGUAAAGUGUUUGUUGUGGACCAGGAGGCCAACACAUUUUUAGGACGUCGCCUGUUGUUGAACCGCUUCGACUUUGAGAUCCUGACCCCAGGUAAUCUAGAACGAGAGUGCUACGAGGAGGUGUGCAGUUACGAGGAGGCUCGGGAAGUCUUUGAGAAUAUCCCUGAUACAGAUGACUUUUGGAAGAAAUAUAAAAAGGAUCAGGGUGAAUCCCAAUCAAAAGUUGAUGUGACGGCACUGCUGGUGGGCAUCAUCACAGCUGGAGUCUUUAUUGUUAUAGUUGGCCUCCUGACCUGGUACUUCUGCCAGGGGAGGAAUAAAGACUAUGGCUUCCGAGGUUCAUUCCGACGUCGAUCCAACCGAAGCAAUGCCUCGGUGAUCAUCCGGAGACUGGAGGAGGUCUCUCUGCACCCUAUUCCUCACACAGACACCGAUGCCAGCCCAGAUGCUCACGGUUUACCUUCUUAUGAACAAGCCAUCGCCAUCAAUGGACCACAUGAUGCCCCGCCUCCGCCGUAUCCUGGUUCCAGGCCAGGCAGCAUCCGACGAUAACCAUAUCAUCAUUUUCCGAAAUGAAUCCGGAUGGACUAAACCACUUUUUCUUGACUAUGAACUGAAAAUGUGUUAAACCAAAGGCAUUUGGAUUUAUUACACUGGAAUAAACCACUAAUAUUAAGCUGCAUUGCAGCGUUUGGUCUUAUUAGGAAAUAAUUAUAAUCACUGAACAUUUCUAGAUAGUGUAGAUCGUUAGAGCUACCUAGAAAGAUAACCUUUAAACCUAAUCGCCAUUUUUAUUCUUUCAAGUGUUUAUUUAAAACUAUAACCAGUUUUAUAUUAAUAACUGUUACAAUAAAAGACAGAUCAUAGUGUUUUAUAUAAUAUGGUGGGCUUUUAUGAAGGGCAAAUCAUUUUAUCCUUUUUCAGUAUGCUAUAGUCCAUUGUAACGAUCUAGUAGGGUGUGACUUAGAUUUGUGUAGUUACUGGAUCAGUAUUUGGUGUACAUUCUGUGAUCAGCUCACCAAAAACCAGAUUACCUCCUCUAACGUCAUGACACUUCUGUCAGGCUGUGUUGUUUGCACUUUACCUUCUGCAUGUAGAUAAACCAAUUCUGUUACUUUCGUCUUCUUUAGGGAUUUCAGUUCAUUCUACUGGCAUGAACAUCAGCUUUAAAGUGUUUUUUCCCAAGCGGCUGGAACUGUACAGGUUUCUGAAGCAUCUCUUUGAUGCCUUUUAAAUGAUAAUGGCUGGGCUCUAGUGUUAUCAUCAUAGGGUUAUUAAUAGACUUUAUAAUAAACUUUCUAAUUUGUCUGAA